CCUGCGAUGGGAACGGGUGGUGGGUUGUGUGAGUGCGACGCCCAGCAGUCCUCUGACCGCGCGUGUGUCCGCUGGUCGUGGGUGUGAUUGUUGUCGUGAUCGUGUGUGUGUGUUUUCCACGAGCGAAGAGCUGGCGCUUCUGAGGGAUACGGACACCAGCAGACGGAGGGAGCAGCGCGUUAACUUUCUCGGUGACGUGACGACGACAGCAGGAUGUUUCCAGCGACGGCCGCGGCGGUAGCGGCGGCGCUGCUGUGCCUCGUGGCAGCUCCUGCGUCCGGGCUCGAGGGACCCAACGUUUGCGUGCGACAAGAGACGUACACGACGACGGUGAGGGUAUCUGAACACAAGCCCUACCAGGUGAGAGAGUACACGUGGUGCUUCAACUUCCCACCAAGAUGCUCAAAGUAUAAGGUCAACUUCAAGACUGUCUACAAGACUCAAACUCUGGUCAAAACCAGGCCAGUACAAGACUGCUGUCACGGUUACACAAAGAGUUCGACAGGUGACAAAUGCAUUGCUGUCUGUUCUGACGAUUGUCUGCAUGGGACAUGUGUUGCCCCUGAUACAUGCCAAUGCUUGCAUGGAUAUGGUGGACCCACUUGCAGUGUGUCGUGCCCGGAGGGACACUGGGGCCCAGAUUGCCACCACCUGUGCCAGUGCCGCAACAAUGCGAGCUGCGACCCGUACAGUGGGACGUGCCAUUGUACGCGGGGCUGGCGCGGCAAGUUCUGCGACGAGGAGUGCCCGCCCUCUCACUACGGGCAGGACUGCAGCGAGGAGUGCCGCUGCCAGAACGGCGGCUCCUGCCACCACAUCUCAGGUGCCUGCCACUGUGCACCUGGCUGGACCGGCCCUCUGUGCCAGGACUUGUGCCCAGAAGGCAAGCACGGGGACGAGUGUCAGUCGGAGUGCCGCUGCCAGAACGGCGGGACGUGCAGCCCCACAUCUGGCCAGUGCUACUGCACCACUGGAUGGACCGGUCCAGUGUGUGCCAACCGCUGUCCUGCCGGGCUCUGGGGCCACAACUGCAGCGAGAGGUGCGACUGCUUCAACGGAGCCUCCUGCCACCACAUCACCGGCACCUGCGAGUGUGCGCCUGGCUUCAGGGGAGAUAGGUGCCUGGAGACCUGCCCAGCGGGGAAGUUUGGAGCCAACUGCUCCCAGAACUGCACCUGCAAGAACGGUGCACAGUGCUCGGCUGUCGACGGCUCCUGUGAGUGCACGGACGGUUGGAAGGGCGCCGACUGCUCCCAGCGCGCGUGUCCUGAUGGGCUGUUCGGGCCGGGAUGCAAGAGCGUUUGCGACUGUGACCCCCACAACACUGAUAUGUGCCACCCGUGGACAGGAGCGUGCGACUGCAAGGCAGGCUGGGACGGCGUGACCUGCUCGAGGCCGUGCCCACUCUACACGUACGGGAAGGGUUGCGACAAGCAGUGCGACUGUCAGAACGAUGCCCAGUGCUCCCCCGUCAAUGGGACGUGCAUCUGUGCCGCAGGUCUGUACGGGUGCUGGCCGGCUGUCGGAGCACACUUCUCUUGGCGUUCUCACCUCUGGCGAGCUUACAUUCAUGUUCUGGAUGUUCUAAUUGCAUCGGCCAUCAGAGUACAGGUUGCACACCUUUCCACGGCUCCUGAGCAGAAGAUGCCAGGGCUGCAAGCUUGUAAUUGGCUCUUAGCGUAUUAUCUGCUGAGAUGA